CAAGUAGUGGUACUGUGCAAAGGGUGUAAAAAUUGGAGAACGUCAUCACUUUCCACCCUCAUUCCUGAUUUCUGGGGGUGUGUUGCUCUGUGUUACUCAAGGACGAGGGGUUCCCUUCGUUUUUAUGAGCUCGGGUGGCACUCGGAACGUUUAAGGCAAAAUGCCAUCAUGGCUGAUCAUCGUGGUAAUAACUCUAGCAAGUUCAUUGGCUCAGGACCAAAACGUCGAUGACCCGUCCACUGUCAUACUCACUAAUAUUAUUUUUCGUCAUGGCGAUAGGACACCAGUUGAGCCGUAUCCCACAGAUCCAUACCGCAACGUCUCUGUUUACUGGCCAGAAGGGCUGGGACAACUCACAGAUGUCGGCAAGGAGCAGCAUUUUAAGCUGGGCCAAUAUUUCCGCAAAAGAUAUGACUCACUUCUACCGAAAAAAUAUAAUUACAAUGAUGUCUUGGUGAGGAGUACAGAUGUCGACCGGACGCUCAUGAGCGCUGAAAGUAACUUAGCAGGAUUCUUCCCUCCAGUCAAACCCUGGUCGCCUGACCUGAAGUGGUCUCCCAUCCCUGUUCACACCGUCCCUGAAAAUCUUGACAAUUUGGUGUCAAUGAAGCAUCCCUGUCCAAGAUAUGAUUUAGAGUUCAAAAACCUUAUGGAGUCUGAUUUUAUGAAGAAGAUAAAGGCUCAGUAUCAGGAUCUGUACGACUACUUAACUGAGCACACAGGAAAAGAGGUGCAAGACCCUAUAAAUGUGCAGUACAUCUUCAACACUCUGUGGAUUGAGCAAUUGAAAAAUCUCAAGCUGCCAGAGUGGACUAAAAAGGUUUACCCAGAUCGCAUGCAAGAGUUGUCGAGGCUAAGCUUUACUUUGAACGCCUACACCACAGAAUUGCAGAGGUUGAAAGGAGGCCCGCUUAUUGGUGAAAUUGUGAACCACAUGAAGCAAAAGGUGGACAAGACGCUGACCCCUGACCGGAAAUUGUUUCUCUACUCGGCGCACGACACCACUGUGGCCAAUAUCCUGAUGACCCUCGGCCUUUUUGACGCCCAGAAUCCACCCUACACUUCGUCCAUCCUACUGGAGCUGCACAAGCUACCCCCUGAGAAAUAUUUCGUUACGAUAUUGUACAAAAAUGAAACGGACCGAGACCCUUACAAGCUCUCCCUACCUGGCUGCGCUUUCCGCUGCCCCCUGGAUGAUUUCGUGAAGCUGACGUCCCCAAUGAUACCUGAAGACUGGAAUGCCGAGUGCCAGCUUGGCGCUGAGCAAACAUUCCUAGCCUCUGACGAGGCGACUUUGCUUCGCAAUCUCUCUAUAACAGUUGUGAUCGGGUCUGGCAUAGUUGUUCUUCUACUCAUCAGCGUGCUGGUUCUGGCGGUUGCGUUCAUGCAGCAGCGCAGCAGGAAUAACUACAGAUAUUCGCCUUUGAGUAUCGAUUCGUUUUCUUAAGUUUUUUGUCCA